AUGUUAUUAGUAUUCAUGUUUACUUUCUACUUAAUUUUAAAUUGUUGGUAUGUUCGUAGGUUAACUUUAUCUAUGGGACUAAGCUUCAAUUCGGCAUCCGCCCAUUCUUCAGUCUUAAUGUCGUUGCCGCCGAGUACAACAGUGACUCACCAGUGCAUGCACACCAAGGAUGUCGUCACCACCAAUACCAUCAACGACUACAACGGUGAAGAGUUUGUCUUCUACUCUCCAUGGGAGUACGGUGCCAAAAAAAACUCAAUAAUAGACUACCACACCAACCAAAAUGGCUCAUUGUUGCCACCAGAGAGAAUGUAUAGCCUAUUAUGUCUGGCACUUAGGGAAUCAAUAGCUUUAAGGUGA